CUGGUCCUGGGGCAGCGGAGGGGAGGACUGAAGAGGGGUGCUGAGGUGAAAGACUGGCAGACCCGGAAAGAUCGGCUAGAUUUCGGAAACCUGAAUACCCCGGGGGAGACCUGGGCCUCCGCGCGCGCGACGAUUUCUUCGCACUAGCAAGGAGAAUACGGAGCGUGGGUCCCAUGGCCGUAAUUCCGAGGUGCGAUUUCCUCCGGCCCCCCGGAAUUUGCUACCUUCUUAGUUCCUUGCUCGCCGGACUGCUCUUACCACAGGCCAUCGCCUUCAAUCUGGAUGUGAUUGGUGCCAUACGCAAGGAGGGAGAACCUGGCAGCCUGUUCGGCUUUUCGGUGGCCCUGCACCGACAAUUACAGCCCCGACCCCAGAGCUGGCUGCUGGUGGGCGCUCCCCAGGCGCUGGCUCUUCCUGGACAGCAGGCAAAUCGCACCGGAGGCCUCUUUGCUUGUCCCCUGAGCCUAGAGGAGACAGACUGCUACAGAGUAGACAUCGACAGGGGAGCCAAUGUGCAGAAGGAGAGCAAGGAGAACCAGUGGCUGGGAGUCAGUGUCCGGAGCCAGGGACCCGGGGGCAAGAUCGUUACGUGUGCACACCGAUAUGAGUCUCGACAGAGAGUGGACCAGGUUUUGGAGACCCGGGAUGUGAUUGGUCGCUGCUUUGUGCUAAGCCAGGACCUGGCCAUCCGUGAUGAGCUGGAUGGUGGGGAGUGGAAGUUCUGUGAGGGACGCCCCCAGGGCCAUGAACAGUUUGGAUUCUGCCAGCAGGGCACAGCUGCCACCUUCUCCCCCGACAGCCACUACCUCAUUUUUGGGGCUCCAGGAACCUACAACUGGAAGGGCACGGCCAGGGUGGAGCUCUGUGCGCAGGGCUCGUCGGACCUGGCACAUCUGGAUGACGGGCCCUACGAGGCGGGGGGCGAGAAGGAUCAAAACCCCCACCUCAUUCCGGUCCCUGCCAACAGCUACCUUGGGUUGCUUUUUGUGACCAACAUUGAUAGCUCAGACCCUGACCAGCUGGUGUAUAAAACUUUGGACCCUGCUGACCGGCUCACAGGACCAGCCGGAGACUUGACCUUGAAUAGCUAUUUAGGUUUCUCCAUCGAUUCUGGGAAGGGUCUCAUGCGCCCAGAAGAGCUGAGUUUUGUGGCAGGGGCCCCCCGUGCCAACCACAAAGGGGCUGUGGUCAUUCUGCGCAAGGAUAGCGCCAGCCGCCUGAUACCUGAGUUUGUGCUGUCUGGGGAGCGCCUGACCUCUGGCUUCGGCUAUUCACUGGCUGUGACUGAUCUCAACAAUGAUGGCUGGGCAGACCUGAUUGUGGGUGCCCCAUACUUCUUUGAACGCCAAGAAGAGCUGGGAGGUGCUGUGUAUGUGUACGUGAACCGGGAUGGCCGCUGGGCAGACAUCUCUCCUCUCCGACUCUGUGGCUCCCCUGACUCCAUGUUUGGGAUCAGUUUGGCUGUACUGGGGGACCUCAACCAAGAUGGCUUCCCAGACAUUGCUGUGGGAGCCCCCUUUGAUGGAGACGGGAAAGUCUUUAUCUACCAUGGGAGCGGCCUGGGGGUGGUCAUCAAACCUUCACAGGUGCUGGAGGGCGAGGCGGUGGGCAUCAAGAGCUUUGGUUACUCCCUGUCGGGUGGCCUGGAUGUGGAUGGAAAUCACUACCCAGACCUGCUUGUGGGCUCCCUGGCUGACACUGCUGCUCUGUUCAGGGCCAGACCUGUUCUACAUGUCUCCCAAGAGAUCUUCAUCGAUCCAAGAGCCAUCGAUCUGGAACAGCCCACCUGUGCCGAUGGACGCCUGGUCUGUGUGUCCGUAAAGAUCUGUUUCAGCUAUGUUGCUGUGCCCAGCAGCUACAGCCCUAGUGUGGUCCUGGAUUAUAUGUUAGAUGGGGACACGGACCGGAGGCUCCGGGGCCAGGUUCCACGUGUGACUUUCCUGAGCCGAGGCCCGGAGGACCUCAAGCAUCAGUCCUCAGGCACCGUGUGGUUGAAGCACCAACAUGACCGAGUCUGUGGAGACACUGUGUUCCAGCUGCAGGAAAACGUCAAAGACAAGCUACGGGCCAUUGUGGUGACCCUGUCAUAUGGUCUGCAAACCCCUCGGUUACGGAGGCAAGCGCCUGGCCAGGGGCUACCCCCUGUGGCUCCCAUCCUCAAUGCUCACCAGCCCAGCACCCAGAGGACUGAGAUCCACUUCCUGAAGCAAGGCUGCGGGGAAGAUAAGAUCUGUCAGAGCAACCUCCAGCUGGAGCAGGCCCAGUUCUGUUCCCGGAUCAGCGACACGGAGUUCCAGGCUCUGCCCAUGGAUCUGGAUGGAAGGACUGCCCUGUUUGCACUGAGCGGGCAGCCGUUCAUAGGCCUGGAGCUGACGGUCACCAACCUGCCCUCUGACCUGGAGCGGCCUCAGGCGGAUGGGGAUGACGCCCACGAAGCCCAGCUCCUGGUCACCCUCCCAGCCUCUCUGCGCUACUCAGGGGUCCGCGCUCUGGACUCUGUGGAGAAGCCGCUCUGCCUGUCCAAUGAGAAUGCCUCUCAUGUCGAGUGUGAGCUGGGGAACCCUAUGAAGAGAGGCGCUCAGGUCACCUUUUACCUCAUCCUCAGCACCUCUGGAAUCACUAUCGAGACCACAGAGCUGGAGGUGGAAUUGCUGUUAGCCACGAUCAGUGAGCAGGAGCUGCAUCCGGUCUUCGUUCGCGCUCAUGUCUUCAUCGAAUUGCCGCUGUCCAUUUCGGGGGUGGCCACUCCCCAGCAACUCUUCUUCUCUGGCACGGUGAAGGGCGAAAGUGCUAUGCGGUCUGAGAGGGAUGUGGGCAGCAAGGUCAAGUAUGAGGUCACGGUCUCCAACCAAGGCCAGUCGCUCAACACUCUGGGCUCUGCCUUCCUCAACAUCAUGUGGCCCCACGAGAUCGCCAAUGGAAAGUGGCUGCUGUACCCCAUGCGGGUGGAGCUGGAGGGCGGACAGGGGCCUGAGAAGAGAGGGAUCUGCUCCCCAAGACCCAACAUCCUCUACCUGGAUGUGGACAGCAGGGACAGGAGGCGGCGAGAGCUGGGGCAGCCAGAGCCACAGGAGCCUCCAGAGAAGGUGGAGCCUAGUACAUCCUGGUGGCCAGUGUCCUCUGCCGAGAAGAGAAAUGUGACUCUGGACUGCGCCCAGGGCACAGCCAAGUGUGUGGUAUUCAGCUGCCCACUCUACAGCUUUGACCGCGCAGCCGUGCUUCAUGUCUGGGGCCGCCUCUGGAACAGCACCUUUCUGGAGGAGUACAUGGCUGUGAAAUCCCUGGAAGUGAUCGUCCGUGCCAACAUCACAGUGAAAUCCUCCGUCAAAAACUUGUUGCUCAGAGAUGCGUCUACGGUGAUCCCAGUGAUGGUGUACUUGGACCCGAUGGCCGUGGUUGCAGAAGGAGUUCCCUGGUGGGUCGUCCUCCUGGCAGUGCUGGCUGGGCUGCUGGUGCUGGCCCUGCUGGUCCUGCUGCUGUGGAAGCUGGGAUUCUUCAAGCGGGCGAAGCACCCCGAGGCCACUGUCCCCCAGUACCAUGCAGUGAAGAUCCUUCGGGAGGACCGGCAGCAGUUCAAGGAAGAGAAGACGGGCACCAUCCAGAGGAGUAACUGGGGCAACGCCCAGUGGGAAGGCUCUGACGCGCACCCCAUCCUAGCUGCCGACUGGCACCCUGAGCUGGGUCCCGAUGGACAUCCCGUGCCGGUCACUGCCUGACUUCUCCUGUCCCAGGCCCAGCCUGUGGGUUCCUUCCACCCUUUCCCAUGAAUGGGAAUGGGAUUUUCCCAAGAACUUCCUUGGGUGGAGCUAGUGGAGCAGGCUGCUGGCACCACGCUGAAGCACGGCAGGCUCUGCUUUCUCAGGGGCACAGAUCUCUCCCACCGUGAGAACCACCCCUCCAUCUUCCCUGUACAAUGCUGUGAGAUAAGAGGCCAUGGCUGGAGGGGCAGGCAUGUCCUGAUGCAGGAUGGGGAGAAGGGGUCCUGAGCUGCCUCUUACCCGCCCUGUAAAACCUGUCUUCCCCAAAGUGCCUUAGCCCGAGGGUCAGGGAAGAGAUUGUGUCACUGUCUCAGGGCCCUUCCGUCCUGAGUCCUCCCUGCCCUCUGGCCUUGGUGCGCUGUACCAGCCCAGUGGUUUUGUCUAUUUAUUA